AUGUUGGUAUAUAACAUGAAGGAAGGUGAGUCCAACACAAAAAGGCACUAUUCAGCAAAGGCAAUGACGACAAAACAACAACAAUAUUUGUUCAUCCUUCUCCUCACAAUCAACAUCCUAAUCACCACCACAUCACCACGAGCCCUUCUUCAUUCAAAACUAAUAGACGACACAACUGUCAAAGUCCAAAACGACAUUAAUGAAGGUGAAAGCAUCUCCAUACACUGUUACUCCUCCGAAGACGAUAUCGGGACCCACCAUCUCUCAUAUGGGUCGGCCAUCACUUGGAAAUUUGAAGUGAACGUGUGGGGGACCAGAAAGUUUUGGUGCGACUUCAACAUAAAGCAUGGCUCGGGAAAGUAUGGCGUGUACACGAGAAAGGUGAAUUUGAGGUGUGGAGACGUGUGUGUGUGUGGAUGA